AAUCACAAGAGACAGAGAGAGAUGGUGACGAAAACAGAGGAGACGCAAUUGAACCAGCUUGAGAUUCAGGUCGAAAAUGGCGGAGGUGGAGCUUGGGAGUAUCUUAGCCUCGUUCGUAAACUCAAACUUCGCCGGUCGGAGAAUGUGUUGAAACACGGUUCCUCGAUUUUGAAUGAUCCGAGGAAACGAUCUGCUCUUGGUCCAGAUGAAUGGACCUUAUAUGAGCAGGUGGCAAUUGCAGCUAUGGAUUGUCAAUGUGUUGACGUCGCACAGAAAUGCAUUAAGGUUCUGCAGAAAAACUUUCCAGGGAGCAAAAGGGUUGGGAGGCUGGAGGGACUACUGCUUGAAUCAAAAGGAUUAUGGGGAGAGGCUGAGGAAGCAUAUUCAAGCCUUUUGGAGGAUAAUCCACUCGACCAAGCGAUACACAAACGAAGAGUGGCCAUAUCCAAGGCCCUUGGAAAACCUUCAGUAGCCAUUGAGCUUCUUAACAAAUAUCUUGAACUAUUUAUGGCUGAUCACGAUGCGUGGAGAGAACUUGCAGAGCUUUAUCUAUCCUUGCAAAUGUACAAGCAAGCAGCUUUCUGCUAUGAAGAGCUCAUACUAUCUCAGCCUAUUGUUCCUCUGUACCACCUAGCUUAUGCUGAUGUUCUUUACACUAUCGGUGGAAUAGAGAACCUUAUCUCAGCAAGAAAAUACUAUGCAGCCACCAUCGAUUUAACCGGCGGCAAAAACACCAGAGCUCUUUUAGGAAUCUGCUUGUGUGCAUCUGCCAUUGCACAGCUCUCAAAAGGCAGGAACAAAGAGGACAAAGACGCAACUGCAGCCCCAGAACUUAAUUUUCUGGCUGCAGCUGCAGUAGAGAAAGAGUACAGGCAAAAAGCUCCAGCCAAAGUCCAGCUCAUAUCUUCCGUAUUAAGAAGCCUGAAAAUUUGAUCGCAAGCUAACAAUGUUCUGGCUCUCAAGAAGAAAACGAGCCAUUAGCACACUUAGCAGUAGUAGAUAGUCAAAAUAAUCGAACUCGAAUUUCAAAGAACUUCCUUUAAACUGAAGAGAAAUUUGUUUAUUGUUACAUACCAAAACCGAAUGAUCUAUUUGUUAUCUGACUACUGCAUGUAUACUCAAAUUGAAACAGACUUAAUGCC